AUGGCAUUUGGAUUUAUUGUGGGAUUUUGGGCAAUGGUGGGUCCUUUGCUCUUCAGUAGAUCGUGGAGUUCAUCCUCUAAAGCUCAGUGCAUUCCAAGUGAGCAGGAUGCUUUGCUUAAGUUGAAGCAUCAUCUCUCAGAUCCAACAAAUAAUCUUGCCUCUUGCCACAUUCUUGAGCUUCACCUCAGAACUCCACCUCCUCUAGAGUUCAAAUACGAGAAAUUACAUGAGACAUUAUGGUUUAGUGGUGAGUUACAUUCUUCUGUGCUUGAUUUGAAGCAUUUGAAUUACCUGGACUUGAGUGGUAUUGAUUUUGGAUUUAUACAAAUUCCAGCUUUUCUUAGUUCAAUGGCAAACUUGACAUAUCUUAAUCUAUUUUCUGCUGGGUUUGGUAGAAGCAUUCCUCUUCAUUUUUGGAAUCUUUCCAAUUUGAUCUAUCUUGACCUUGGAGGUAAUUAUUUUGAAGGAAGCAUUCCCCAUCAAAUUGGAAGUCUCUCCAAUUUGAUCUAUCUUGGAAGUAAUUAUUUUGAAGGAAGCAUUUCUCGUCAAAUUGGAAGUCUCUCCAAUUUGCACUAUCUUGACCUUGGAGAUAAUUCUUAUCUCAAUGGAAGCAUUCCUCAUGAAAUUGGAAAUCUCUCCAAUUUGCUCCAUCUUGGCCUUGGAGGUAAUGGUUUUAGUGGAAGCAUUUCUCAAGAAAUUGAAAACCUCUCAAAUCUAAACUAUCUUCAACUUGAAGAUUCUUAUCCAUUUUCCAUGGAUGAAUAUGUAAUGUCAAGAUCUGUUGAAAAUCUUCAUUGGCUUUCGGCUCUAUCUUCUCUCUAA